GGCUUUUUAACCCUCACAUGUGGCACAGGUAGCAUUUCCUCUUGGUGACUGAAGCAAUGGGAGCUGUUCAGGUCUUGGUUAUUUGCGUGCUGACUGUUUUUCUUGCUAAAGGCUCUUGUUUGCCAGUUGGUGGCCCAAAUGAAAGACAUGAUGGGCUGCAGAGGAGAGUAAGAGCCAGGGCCGCUGUGGAGCCGGCGACGACCACGCCGGGCGGGCCCACUGUGGAGCCGGCGACGACCACGCCGGGCGGGCCCACUGUGGAGCCGGCGACGACCACGCCGGGCGGGCCCACUGUGGAGCCGGCGACGACCACGCCGGGCGGGCCCACUGUGGAGCCGGCGACGACCACGCCGGGCGGGCCCACUGUGGAGCCGGCGACGACCACGCCGGGCGGGCCCACUGUGGAGCCGGCGACGACCACGCCGGGCGGGCCCACUGCGGAGCCGGCGACUCUGCCAAGCUGGGCCAAAAAGGGCAUCUGGUGGCCUCUCAUCAAGAAGCCAUAAAAGUAUGGGACUAGGAACCAUGCAGGAGUUCACUUGCAUCCAAGGUUUUGCUUUUUGCCUCUGCUUUAAAUAAAACUAUGAACUUGA